GAUGACGGGCGAGCACGGAGAAUUGCACAAGAGGCCGCGCAUCAGACUCCUGGUGACGGGAAAACUGGAAGCAAUUAAGUCAACGAUGGGAAGGUAACAAAGCUGGAAACUUGCCCGUUAGCAGCGGCAAGAUCAUGGAUAGGCCUAAUUGCCCACUUGCAAACAAUUUAAAUGCAAUUUAAAGUGAAACUCAGUUGUGUCUCUCCUGCCUUCAGUAACCCGCUCAGUGAAAGCUGGUGACUUAUUGGUGGUUUCCUUGACCCUCUUGUCCUUUGGACAUCCACCCUGUCCUCCUUCAUCCUUGAGUGCCGGAGGGUAUCCACUGGCUGGACUGGGACAUCACGGACCUCCGUCCAACCCUUUGAUACCGCUGGGUAUCUUGUGCGAUGGGAGGAGGAAUCUUCAACCUGGACUUUGGAAUGUCUUUUCCAGCUGGAGCAACAGAAAUUCAGAUGCUGGAGAUUUAAACCACAGAGCCCUCUUUAAAAACAAACUGCAAGGCAGGGCUGGCUGUCUUUUAAAUAACUGGCCACUUCAGGGCUUCAAUUGGGGUCCACCACCCUACUUACCCAGUAAAAUUGUAGACAAGUUGGGGGAGGUGGUGGUGAUGGGGAGGUAGGCGUUGGGAAGGUCGCCCAGGGAAUUUUACGGGCACCCCCUCCCUGUAUAUCCUACCCAGAAAAUCCUGCCCCCUGUCCCCAGACAAUUAAUAUAACCACCAUAUUAGCACACCCACAUCCUGAAUCAUGUAAAAGCUCUAAAAUUCCUGUAGUAAGUUGACAGCAAAAUAAAUACACAUACGUAUCAGUUUUGCAUUAUGAUUACUGCUGUAUAUUUUACUAUUUUGGGCUGUAUUCUUUCAAGAGUCAGCAUUCACCAGAUGUGAACGGGAUGGAGAUAGCCCAUGAUCAGUUAACAGAUGCAGGAAAUUGGAGUGAGCUGCCAGAGGUGUCCCUGAGACAGGUGUUCCGUUGGCUUGGCGACCAAGACAGGGUCCGGGCAGCACUGGUGUGUAAAUGUUGGAACCAUGUGAUGCAUUCGCCAGCUCUUUGGAGAUCCAGAACAUUCACCUUCUGUGGGAGACCAUCCAAAUACCGGCGGGCUGAGUAUGAGUCUGCCAUCUGGUAUGCCAAGAAGUUUGGCAGAUACCUGGUAAACUGUGAAAUUAAAUUCAUGAAUCCCUACAAUUCCCUUCUGACGAGGAGAUUCCAAAUAACAAUGAGGAGCUUCCUAGCUCGCUUAGGAAAUGAAAACAACAGAUUAAAAUCUUUCACUAUCCAACAUCUGGAGUUGGACCGCCUUGUGUGGAGCUCAUCGGUUAGGAAUGCCUUCUUAAAGAGCCUGAACUUUUUCCUCCGUCGUGAGUGCAGACACCUUCAGUCAUUCAAUCUGAGAGGAGCACGUUUAGGCAUGGAACAAGGCUUUUCCAUCUUAAACUCACUGAUCCACCAGAGAAACAGGAGCUCUAUUUCUGAGCUCAACAUUGAAGAUUUCUUCAGCCAUCACCUUGCCAUCUAUGCCAGCCCCACCUUCCCUAAGAUUAUCCGCAGCUUCUGCAACCUUACCAGCCUUUUGAUCAAUUAUAAUUGCAUCUCUGACGAUCUCCUGGACACCCUGUGUGAAAGCUGUUACCAGACCCUCAGAACCAUGAAUAUUAAAUGCCAUAUCCAUGACCCUCACAACCAGGUUGUAUGGGGGCUUUCCUGGUCCAAGCUUGCUAAAUGGGCGACCAACCUGAAAGUCAAUUUUUAUUUUGAGCUUGUGAUGAAGAAUGAUCGACUGACUCGGAUUUUGGUGCCAGAGAUCCCAGUGAGGAGCUUAAAUUUUAGGAGCUGCUACUUUAGUGACCCAGAUUGGACUAUGAAACCCACUCUGACUGAUCUAAUUCCACACUACAAGAAUACACUACAGAAACUGACAUUAGAAUUUAAUAAUAGUCAUGAACGGAUUGAUGAUGAAUUGCUGCAACUGGUGUUAACAUGUGAACGGCUGCACUACAUGAAGAUCUGGGCUUUCCUAAGCAUUAAGUUUAUCGAGACAAUGCUACAGUAUCGUCAGGAAGGAAAAUCCAACUUCCGCACCCUUAAGGUGAGGAUUUACAUGCACAAGUAUGAAACAAAUGAAGAAGAUAAGCUGCUGCGUAACUUAUACAUGAAGCACAGGGAUCUAAUCGACACAGAACUCAAUUAUUUUGUAAUUACUUACCCCUUGAUGUAAAGGACAGCACCAUUGAAUGGACAACUCAAUUAUGAUACAUUUAAGCAGUUAGAGAAUCAAUAAGUGUAUUCCUCUGCCAGUCAAAUAAAACCUUCAGAAACAAAGAUGUUAUCAGAGGUACCCAAUGUGUAGGAAUAACUGGGAAUUAUAUCAUUUAUAAUAUAAAAUAUUUGAGUAGCACAGUCUAUUCCAGUUCUUGUUAUUGACAUUGGGAAGAAGGUUGGAACUUAAGAUACGAAAUGCUAUGGCAUUGAAUUCACUGGCUGUAGUAUUUCAUUGGGGUCAGUAAUUCAUGUCUGAGGCGGCAAUAAAACACUUGCUGAGAUCUAUGUGUGCGAAUCUGUCAUUGUACAGAACAAGCUGGAGGUCUCACUUUUGCGGAGAUUCAUUUCCUUUCCAACAGAAGGGAAAGCCCAGGGCAUGAAGUACAAGCACAUCUUAUGUAUUAUCAGACCUGAAUGUAGUAACUGACCCGCAGUCAGCCAAGGUAUUCUUAAUGUAUCUGCCUAUGAAGAUUGAAAUGGAUUUUCAUCCGACGCUCUUGGCUGUCCAGACCUACUGAUACUUAUUAGAAAAACUGUAAACCAGUGACAGUUGGUGAAAAGAGAAGAUAUUGUUGAUAAAUGCAAACAUCUGUAAAGCAAGUUUGGAGGAUCAAAGCAAUACAUUGAUGCUUAUAUUUACCAUAUAUCCUUGUAUUUUUUAAAUUUAUGUAUGGUUAUAGCAAGUGUUCCAAUGUGUGUUAAUCCUUGAAGGGCCCCUCAAGCUGCACAAGCCCUAGGAGAGGAGGAAUACAUGUAUAAAAAGACACUCCCUAGCCAACAUGGAACCCCAUUGGGACAAAUAAGAUAUUCAUUUGAAGCAAUGGCAUAGCAAACUGAAACAAUGACAGGACGCCAGCAGUUGUUCGCAAAUUCCCAACUACGUUCCCAAUCUCAGUUGUACUGUCAUGGAGAAGUGCAGAGCCAAAGCCAGGUACUUCCCCAUAAGGGACAGAAAGUGAAGUAUCACCUCAAGCAGCUGGUUCGCUACUCUGCACGAUAGAUAAUUUGACAGAGGCAGAGAUGUCGUCAUUUAUCUGCAGUGCAGGCUAGCGAUUACCUGGAUACCUUAUAUGUUGAAAAAGCUGUGAUUAUACAGCUCGGCUUUUGGAGGAGGGGAGGAUUGAAGUGGCAAAAUGAUAUCCUUAAAGCCAGUCACCAAGUGUGUUGCUCAUUUUAUAAAUCCAUCAGCUUUAUUAUCACAGAUUUGUGGAAUUUUUACGAUGUUCAUACAUUGCAAAUAAAAUAUUUUUGAUAAAAAAA